UUGCAUUAUAGAAAGAUACCUAUAAAAUGGGCUAAUUGAAAUGAAAAGUAAACAAAAUGGAUACAUCGAACUUGUGUAGAAGUUGUAUGAAAGAAGUGGCGACAUGGGAAAAAGAGAACUUUGAUCCUAGAGUUGUGGAGAUGUUUUGUUUUUGUACUAAUAUCGCGAUAUCAGAAGAUGACAAAUUGCCCAAACAAUUUUGCUAUGACUGUGCAAUUAAGAUUGAAUCAGCAUUUACCUAUAUUACGGAAGCUCAUAAAGUAGAUGCCACUUUGAAAAACAUCAUUUCAAGGACAAACACUUCCAUCAUUGUAGAACCAGAGACCCAAUCCAGGCACAUAGAGAACCUCAAACUAACCUUACCAGAUUAUAAAAUAAGUGCAACUAUUGACAAUUACGAUGAACAUAUACUUUUUGAUGGCAUUGAUUUACCGGCCAGUGAGAGCCAAAUCAUUCCAGAGAAAACUUUAGAAGAGAUAGAACCAGUUCAAAAUAUUUCUGAUGAAGUGGAAAAUGCAGAAGGUAGUGAAGAAUGUGUGAAAGAGAAGGUGAAUGUGGAAGAAACUAAGAAGAGUAUUUGUCCCAUCUGUAGGAAAGCUUUCACUUCAAAAACUUGGUUCAACAAGCAUAUGAAGAAGGAGCACACUGAACAUAAAUAUGUUUGUGCUCAUUGUCCUAAAACUUUCUCCAAAGCCUCCCUUUUAUCCGACCACGCGGCAACACACUCGGACGAGCGCAAGUUCGCUUGCUCGACGUGCGGCAAACGCUUCAAGAGACGCAAACAGCUUGCGUGCCAUGCGCGUGCGCACGCCGAUGUGAGACCAUACGCCUGUGACAAGUGCAGUAUGAGGUUUAAGAUAAAGAGUAUAUUGAAGUCUCACAUGAAGGUGCACGACGGGGAUAAGCAGUACUUGUGCUAUUUCUGUGGGUGGAGCUUUGCACAAGCGGGCAACCUAGAAGUACACAUGCGCAAGCACACAGGCGAGAAACCGUUCUGCUGUAACGAGUGCGGGUUCCGUGCCGCCGUCUCCUCGAACCUGCGCCGCCACCAGCGACAACACCAAGCCGCUAAGACAUACGUCUGCAAACAUUGUAAUAAGGGGUUCUACGAUGCCAGUGGUCUGACUCGUCAUCUACGCACUCAUACGGGAGAGCUUCCAUACCAGUGUCCGGGCUGCGCACGCGCAUUUGCCGACAGUUGGAAGCGCAAAACACAUCUCAUGCGCGCGCAUAGACUCGCUCUCCCUGAUAUACCGCGAAUGCGACGCGAUGGACGCACUAUUAAUUAAAUAAAACACCUCUUUAUCAUACGUAAAAAU